AUGCCGGCUCCGCCGCGGGCGCCCGGGGGCGCCCCCGGCCGCGCGGCGGCGGCGGCCGGGCGCGCGCGCGGGCGCGCGCGCGCGGCGGGGCGGCCGGCUCUGCGCCGGCCCGCGCGGGGGGCGCUGCUGCUCGCGGGCGCGGCGGCGGCGGGCCGCCCCGCGUGGCCGGGGCCGCGCGGCGCCGCGCGGGCCUUCGGGGGCCGCGCGUCGGGGGAGGCCCAGGCCUCCGCCGCGGCGAGCCCCGAGGCCCAGGGCGAGCUGUCGGCGGGUGCCCAGCGGGCCCUCAAGAUUGCGACGGAGGCCAUCGAAGAAGGACAUACUCGCCGCGGGCUGCGCCGCGGGCGCCGGGCGCCGUGCCGACGGCGUGGUGCGCGCGGCGCACGAGGCGACACUGGUUGGCGGCAGGCGCAGCAGCUUGGAGGCGUCGUGCACCAUGCUGAAGGAGAGGCUGCCGGCCACGCGGUGGAGAAGGCUUCCGAGCGAGUCGCCUUCGCUGCGGGCUUCCUGUGCUGUGCGUCCGAGGUGGCCGCCGAGCGCAUCUGGGCCGCGCGGCUUCCGCUCGCCCGCGCAGUGGCCGGGCAGGGCGCCACCGUGAGCGCAGCAGUGCCGCGGAUCUGAGGCGGUCGGACUCGUUCCGCCGAUCCCCAGGGGAGGCGUUGACCGUUGAGUGUGGCACGUGUUCGCCAAUUCGUGCCGAGGCCUGUGGCACGCCCCAAAGUGCCGGGGGGGGCACGGCGGCGGAGUUGAGCGCCGUGGUGCCUGCAGAGCGGGCAGCACCUGCCUCGUGUCGGUCUACGGGCUCCCUGACCGCAGCGCGGGCCACGCAGUCUUGGCACGUCACGCGGGCGCCUCUGCUCGACGUGUAGACUGUGAGGCAGGGUUGCGGUUGCGGAGAUCUGCAAUGAGCCGUGCUCGGUUGGCUGCCGCGCAGGUGGCUCACGGGCCCUUCUUGCGCCGAGAGCUGUCAUGCGCAGCGUGAGCUGUCUUACACUCGUGCCCGUUGUCUGACGCGAGUGCGAACACAC